AUGGUUCUGUAUGCUCAACGAAAAUUUAUCAUUGAAAGAAAUUAUGUCUUGAGUGAUCAUCGUCCUUUUGGUGUGCUAACAAUGCUUCAAGAUCGACAAUGGACAGGUUCUUUGGUUAAAUUUUCUGGUUUUGUGGAUAGAAUAGUCAAGGAAUUCUAUGCCAAUAUUACUAAUGAAAUUAUUGAACCUUCAUCUCCUCUGUAUAAUAAAGUGUUUGUUAGGGGCCAUUGGUUCUCUUUUUCUCCUCAAUACAUUGCUCUUGCUUUGUGCCUUCCCCUUACUGUCGAGGAUGAUGUUGAUGGUGCUUCUCUUGACAAGGACAUGGUUAUCACUGAGUUGGUCGGACAAAAAAUGGUAUGGCCUUCUAACACAGUCAUCUCUGUCUCCAAUCUCACCUACACUUAUGCUGUUCUCCAUAAGUUUGCAACAAAAAAUUGGAAGCCCACAUCUCACACGGCCACUAUCUCUUUUGAUAUGGCAUCAUUUUUGUACAAAGUGGGGACCGGUCUUGGUUUAAAUUUGGCUUCGGUUAUUCAUGAUCAAAUCAUUGGGUUUCGCAAAGGUAACAGGAAAAACUUGAAUCUUCCUUUUCCUCAAGUUAUUUAUAAAGUGUUGAGUAUGCAGAAAAAAGAUCUCCAACGUGACCAAGAAGACUUGGUGGCACCCACUACUGCUGCUUCCUACAAGGCCUCUGCCCCUCCUACUGAAGCCACUGCUGCUCCUUCCUCCAAGAAAGUCAAGCCCCAAUCUCUGAAGAUUGCCUCGGAUGACAUUCCUCAUGCCUCCUCCUCUGUUGCCACAGAUUCAGGACUUGUUGCAACAGAAAUAGCUGCUGUCCGAGCCUCUGUUGACUCUUUGACUGCUCGCGUGAUGUCAAUUGAAGGACUACAACGUUCUGUGUUGGAGGCUGUUCGAUCUCUGUCUAAAGAUCCAGUUGUUUAG